UUACUUGAGUGGUUUAUACGGCAGCAAUAUUUUUCAAAUACAACAAGCAUGUCUGCAGUGGCAAAAAGAAAGCUCCUUCAGCGCACCCACCGUACAAGGAUAUGAUUACCACCGCGAUCUCUGCUUUGAAAGACCGAAAGGGAGCGAGUCGCCAGGCGAUUUUGAAAUAUAUUUUGGCUAACUUCAAGGUCGGCGACAACGCAGGGAAACUUGUGAACAAUGCGUUGAAGAAAGGACUCGACGUAGGAAGCUUCGAGCCGAGCAAAGACAGUCGUUCUCGCUUCAAGCUGAGCGAAGCAAGCAAGAAGUCGGUCAAGAAACCCGUUGCGAAGAAAAUGACUGCAACUAAGGCAAGUAAACCAAAGAAACCUGCGGCAAAGAAGACUAAGAAACCUAACAAACCUGCAGCUAAAACAUCUGCCAAAUCCCCCCAAAAGUCGAAGAGUCCUUCCAAGCCAAAGCCUAAGAAGAGUCCUUCCAAGCCAAAGCCCAAGAAGAGUCCUUCCAAGAAGUCAGCCGCAAAAGUGGCGACAAAAAAAGCGGCAGGCAAGAAAGGGACACCAAAAAAGACCCUAAAGAAGCCAGCGGCAAAAAAGACAACGAAAGCAAAGAAGUAAAUUCUUGUCAAUAUGAUCUUAAAAAGUUUACAAAGAGUGCAAACGGCUCUUUUAAGAGCCACCCACUGCCUAAAAGAAUACUUCGAACAUUUGUUUGCUUGUUAUGUAGUGUGUCAUAGUGCUUUUAUGUCCAAAGCCCAUGCGCAAAAUCUUGAAAAUAUUUCAUAAUUGCUCACAGCUCAGAAUUUAUUUGAUGUGCAAUGACAUCGCACAUAAUGAGCAUUCCACUGCAUUAGAAUGUGAAAGCAGAAGAAAUUUUUAUGAUAGCUAAAGAGAUCUUUCAAUUAAUAGAGUUUAUACUUGACAGCAGUUUGUCAUAAGACUAGGGAUGUAUAAUUGUAAAUAUAAUGGCAAGUUGCAGUUACUAAAUCUCGAGGACAAUAUUUCAAGGACAUAAAGUCAAUAAAAUGUUGAGGCCAACA